AGUUAUGGUAGAAUAUUAUUGAAAAGACAUACAGCUUUGUGUUUGCAUGUGACAAGAACGGGGCAGGUGUGACUGCUUCAUCCAAGACAAGAUCUUGCUUGGUGAGUUAAGGUCUCCUGUAAAAGAAAAAAAAAAGAGGAAGAAGAGGGGAGUCCGGCAUCAUGGAGAAAUUCCAGGCAGCCAUGGUUCUGGGCGCUGUUGGCGACGCCUUGGGGUACAGAAAGGGGCGUUGGGAAAGCUGCACUUCAGGCCGACAGAUCCAGGAGGAACUGGCCUCUCUGGGGGGCCUGGCCGCCCUGAAGCUGGACCCUGAUAACUGGCCCCUGAGUGACGGAGCACUGAUGCACAUGACCACGGCAGAGGCACUAAUCACAGAUUACUGGUGUUUUGAGGACCUGUACCGGGAGCUAGUGCGUCUCUAUGUAGAAGCCAUGGUGUCCCUCCAGGGUCGAGCCCCCGACCCUGCCACGGUGGAGAGCUGCGCUCACCUCAAGCCUCACAACUUCCUGUUGGCCUGGCAUACACCCUUCAAUGAAAAAGGAUCUGGGUUUGGGGCAGCUGCGAAGGCCAUGUGUGUGGGUAUGAGGUACUGGCAACCUGAGAGACUGGAGAGCCUGGUGGAGGUCAGCGUUGAGACAGGCAGAAUGACCCACAACCACCCGACAGGCUUCCUAGGUUCCUUGACAACGGCAUUGUUCGCAUCCUAUGCUAUCCAGGGGAAACCCCCUGUGAGUUGGGGCCGCGAGCUAAUGAAGGUCAUCCCGAAGGCUGAGGAGUACUGCAGGAAAACCAUACGCCACAUGGCAGAGUACCAGGAGAACUGGUUCUACUUUGAGGCCAAGUGGCAGUUCUACCUGGAAGAGAGAGAAAUAGAGAAGGAGGGACAAAACAAACCCUUGUUCCCCGACCGCUACGACGCUGAGGAGACAGACAAGAUGUAUAAGCGCUGGAGCUCAGAGGGCUGUCCAGGCCGCAGGGGCCAUGAUGCCCCCAUGAUCGCUUAUGACGCACUCCUGGCAGCAGGAAGCGACUGGACUGAACUCUGUCGACGGGCCAUGUUCCAUGGAGGUGAGAGUGAAGCCACGGGCCUGAUAGCAGGUUGUCUCUACGGCCUAAUGCACAGCCUGAGCAAGGUUCCCAAAGAGCUGUACCAGGACCUGGACAGACGGGAGCGCCUGGAGGAGCUGGGAGCUGCACUUCACAAGGCAGCGUCUGCAGAGAAGUGCAUAGAGAAGUAAUCCUGCUCUUCACUGGCCUGAAUCCUACUGGCUAUCAGAGGAACUGCACGUGACUCUAAAGGCUGCUUACCUCUGUCCCACACUGCCCCCUAGUCCUCCUUGGUAGUAUCUCAGUUGUCUUAAGCGGCAACCUCCACUCUCCUAUCUUGUCCUCCUUGCUCCCUCGCUUUACUCUGCACUUUCAGAUCUGUGAACUUAAAGGUUAAUAGCAUGCUUCUGUCAUUGUAGAUAUGAGGGACAGCAAACAAUCAAAGGGAGACCAUUUAGGCUACUGAGCUGCAGAUAAUUUAAGUGUUUCUAUGAUAUCGGCUUUCUUGCCCUGGAUCUGGGAUCAGUUUGCUCUAUAGACAUGUAAUGUUGAUGGCAGGGCAUAUAAACUUACUUUUACUAGCUUCUAUGACUCCCCCUAAUACUAAAUGACUCAUGAUGAACUGUGGGGGUAAAUUAACCUGAUCCUACUUAACUUUUUGAAGUAGUUAACACAAAAAUAUAACAGACAGGCCAACUUUGAUCUUUUCUCCAUUUCAAGCAAACCUAUAUUAACAUUCAGCACAUCUGAAUUAUUUUAAUUUAUGUAUGGUAUGUUUUGAUAAAUCCUAAUAUAUUUUAAUACAAGCCCCUGUCCUCAGAGGGUUGUUUGAAGCCUGUUGAGUAUGCCUGUGUUCCAGCUUGUAACAAUAAAUACUACCUGAAUCUCAGGCGCUUUAUUAAAUCAGUACUUGUAUAUCCUUAGCUGAUCAUUGCAUGUAAAAUUUGGUGGAGAUGAUUUUAACUUGUAUGUAAUAAUAGACUACAGACUAGUAACCAAUUUUUCUUAUACUGUGAUGACUUUUAUUUGUACUUCCAUGGCCUCAUGUAUGGUGUACUGUAUAUUGUGAAGCCACUUCU